AUGCCACCUGUCCGUCGUUUACUUCUACGAACUGUUAGAAAUGCUGAAGAUAUCCGAACUGAUAAAUAUAAAAUUGGUUUGAAUUUUCAAGAAACAACUACUGCUGUUCGUCAUUUGCUGAAACUUUCUCGCAUUUGUCCUUACUGUAAUGCUAAACUUUUUGCAAGAGAAAGUAAAGGAAUAUUAGCUUCAAUUGAAUGUAUUGCACCCUUGAAGAAUUUAAUUACAAGACUUGAUAAUGUAGGAAAUAAAUUUCGUAAUAAUAUUUGCGCUUAUAAUAAUGUUUUUGCUUUUACUUCUAUGGGAGUCAAAAUAGACGAAAAUCUUGCUAAUA